AUGAAAUCCGGAACAGCAUCGUCAACCUCACCAAACGGUCACAGCUCUCGCCAACGUCCAGGGUCCGCUUGUGAAGAGUGUCGCCGACGGAAGGUUCGUUGCGACCGACAAAGACCGCAGUGUCAGGUGUGCUAUGAAAGUGGUCUUGAAUGCAAGAUCAGCACGACAAGACUCCCUCGUGGGCCACGGAAGGGUCAGCUCCGCACUUUGAGAACCCGCAUCGGUAGGUUACUGCUCGUGAAAUCCUCCCAGACUUUAGCUGAGCGAGUAGCCGCCCUCGAACGCUGCCUGGCCGACCGGCAUCCAGAAAUUGAUAGACAAGUGAAUGCUUUCCUAGAGGGCACGGAUCUAGAGUAUGAGUCAGAGGAGGACGCCAAUCGCGACCAGCCCCGAUCUAGGGAGUGUACAGAAUCACCCCAGUCGCCGGGUGUCCCGCGGUUGGGGCUCGUCACUGAGCUGAUGCGGGCUGAUCUUGACCAACUAUACUUCGAUCGUGUUCAUCCUUUUGCACCAAUUCUCCAACGAUGGCGAUAUCAUAUGUGGUCCAAGCAGCGAACUAAGAGCGAGGCACAGAUGUGUCUCCAAUAUGCCAUGUGGACGAUUGCAGCCUCGCUAUCGGCUCAGUUUCGCGCCCUACGCGACCCGCUAUACCAGGAGACAAGACGGAUAUUGGAUACAUUGGACUCCCAAAAUCCUGGUACGGAUGCAAGUGCGGGCAUUGAGCAGGCGCAGGCCUGGGUUCUUAUUUGCAUUUAUGAAUAUAUGCAGGUUUCGUUGCUGCAGGCAUGGAUGAGCGCUGGUAGAUGCUGUCGCCUUGUGCUGGGAAUGCGUCUGUACGAGUUGGACGAUCCCAACAGCCCAGUGAUGGUGGAAAAGGACCAGGAGACGAGUCUGAUUGACUGGACGGGUCUAGAAGAGCGCCGGCGCACAUUUUGGAUGGCAUACUCGCUCGAUCGGUUCAUAAGUUUCCACAACAGCUUACCAUUCACCCUCAAUGAGCAUUUGAUUGCCACCCGACUCCCGGGGCCUGAAGAAGAAUUUCAAGCCGGACAGCCUGUUGUAACGCAAUAUCUUCCCGAAGUUAUUGCCAAAGCCAGCAACGACUCUGUCUACCCCAUCUCCUCAUUCAGCGAGUGCGUCGUCCUCGCCACAAUCUGCGGCAGGGCCCUGGCACAUAGGCAAGAGGUAGCUGUAGAGCAGCUCAGCAUCAGUGAUGGUGCCGUCUUUGAGGGCUUCUGGACACGCCAUCAAUGGCUACAUGAGAUGUUGAGCUGUCGCAUCCAGAUGCUCUCAGUCUCCCCACAGGUUGAUCCGAUGUUGAUGUUCGCUCGUAUCGUUGCCCAAGCCAUGGUCCUGUUCUUGCAUAGCGUGCUGGAAUCUAUUACCUGGAAGACAGGUGACCAGCUCUUGGGAAUCAUUGAGUAUGAGAGAUUGUCCGUCAUGGCUGCGCAUGAGGUAGUCAAUCUGGUCAAGUUGCAGGGACAGCUUGGUUACUUUAAAGUAAGCCCCGAUGUUCUCCCCCCUAUAGUUGGAUGUGCCGGCUAA